AUGCGGAAAACCCGAGACCGCCGCAUCGCACUACGCGGAAACACCCGAGGACAGUAUCAACUCAAGUACAAAGCAACCCAAUUUGUCUACCGACCCCAAAACGAUGGAAAGACGGAACGAACCCUCGCGGUAGCCAGCAAAUACGCCCGCAAAGCCACCGAGCAAUUGGAUGAAAUGCUGAGACAACAACAAUUCAGGGACGCCAGCACCCAGACCCGAGUAUACCAAGCAAAGGACAACCUAAGCCAACGAUGGAGCUCACCAUAUACCACGGUAGCCAGCGACUCGACCUUUGAAUUGCCACAAAGAACCCGCGCUACUCCUCAACCCAUCUCGGAAUGGGCUGAAGACGUCGUAGACGGACCACCCUCGGCGGAAGUACGUCCACAAGGAACGUCGAUAGACGAUACCGACCCGGAAGACGCAGAAGAAGAACACCAUCUCGACAGAAUAGAAAAAAUUAAGGAAGCACUAGAAUACAAAUACAUCGACCCCCAAGACGACUGCCAACAGAUCGCAUUCCAUGCAGAAGAAUAUCAUAACAAAAUCCCUACAACAAUCACACAAACCCGGGAUGAAGAAAUAUUCUUGGAAGACGAUCCCAGGAUUACGACACAGCACAGAGAACACAAGGAGAUAGCAUGGAUCUACUGCAUCUUCGAUCACUGCGCCUACCAUCUCUCAAAGAAAGCAGAAAACGAACUAUACCCCAAAAGAAAAGAAGAACUGCGAAUCCGCAGAGCCCAUGAGGAACAAGAACUCUCAUAUUGGGAAGUACGGGGAGAACCCGGAGAAUGGAAAACCAACAACAAUGGAAUAGCAUUCCUACGACCCAGCAUCGAAUACCCUCAGAAGUGUGUGAACCACUUCACGGGAGUCUGGUGGAAUUGCAGGGAAGACCUAUGCAAACUCUACUACAUUCCAAAAAGCGAAAGUUAG